UGGUGGAAUGAUUCACGUGGUUUGCAAUAAGGUUGUUUAGCUCAGACAGCUCGAUCUGGAUAGGGAAAAGGAGAGGACACAUUUAACAGGCGGCUGACCCACGGAAAACGACCCAUCCCUCGAGGUAUUCUAGGACACCUCCCGGGACUUACGACCAUGGACUUGCUAUACGAAAGUGAUCAAAAACUCGGCGAUUUGGAAGAAGACAUGUGCGAUAUAUUGGACAACGACGCUUUUCACUCCCCCUCCUCAAUGAGCUCUGAUGACUACAUGGACAAUGACUGGCUCAACAGUUUUUUCGAGGACCCUGUCCUCAAUGACAAGAUGAUUACAGAUGCUGUUCCCACACCAAGGAUUCGAUCAGAACACAGUUAUUCUACAAUCAACAAUGAUCCAACAUCCCCCUUCGGACUUACAAAAAUUGAAGAACUCGACUUUUUUGGGAACAACCAGGCUCUGGACUUGUCAGGUACAACAGGAACUCCUAACAAAUCAAUCCCGGAAAUGAGCAUCAAUCUGACGCAGUCAUUACUGAACGUUACGCCAAAAAAUGAACCAGAUGCAACAUCACUGCCCAUGAUAACUACAACAACUACAAGAUCAUCGGUGUUGACAAAACAGCAACCAACCAUAAUUCUUGCCACAUCAACUCAUAGUCAACCGACACAAGUUGAACAUGUCAUAUCUCAUACGGCACCAAUCGUUACCAUUAAAACAGAACCACAAGAUUUCAUUGAAUAUUCUGACAAUUCAGUAAACAUUGACUCAUUACCACUGCCACCAACUCCUCCAAGCAGCUCCUGUAGCGACAGUGACGGAGGAUUGAGUCCACAACGAUCAGCACCAUCUAGUCCUAUUCGCCACAUGCCUCAGAAAGCAUCACAUUGUUCAUCGCUAUCACCAUCAUCAUCUAAACCAUACUCUCAGCCAUUCUUCACCAACCCUAUACCACAAUCAGGAGUGCUAAUAUUAUCAGAAGAAGAAAAGAGAACAUUAAUAUCUGAAGGGUACCCAGUACCUAAUAAACUUCCAUUAACAAAACAAGAAGAAAAAAAUUUAAAGAAAAUCAGAAGAAAAAUAAAAAAUAAGAUCUCAGCACAAGAAAGUAGACGGAAGAAAAAAGAAUAUGUUGAGGCUUUGGAAAAAAGAGUGGAAUCCUUUUCACAAGAAAAUAAUGAUCUGAAGAAAAAAAUGGAAUUGUUAGAAACAAACAAUAGGUCUCUGAUAGGACAGUUACAUAAACUACAGAAUAUUGUGGGAAAAGUCACACGGACAACUAGUAACGGAACAGGAACUGUGCUUAUGGUUUUGGUUUUGUGUUUUGCUGUAUUUUUGGGAAAUUGGACACCAUCCUCGUUGAAUAUUGGUUAUUCUACGAGUUCUAGCAUGAUGAAUGGUGGGGCUUCUUUAUUUUCCAAUCCACGUCUGCUUCAGCCAUCUCCCAGAAUGGGACCCUCGGUGCAGAAUCCUAAGGUGGAUGCUUACUCUACUCCAAACAUGAAAUCUAGAGUGCUAUUAUCCUUGUUUGAAGAACUAGAAGAUUCAACAAGGUAUUAUCCGUAUGGCCCUGUAACACCAGGUGGCACUGGAAAAGAAUCUCUGUCACAUGAUCCCAUCAAAACUUGUGAGAAGGGUCCCGAGAUAUCACCACCAACUUCUGAUGACAAAACUGACAAAAAAGUGGAAGUCGUAACAGUUGAUGCCAGAAUUGGUCAUGGUAAUGCCACCAUCAAUGAAAAAGAUCCAUCACAAGCCAUAAUGCAUCCAGACAUAUCGGCUUCAGCAGAUUUCUUACAGCAAAGUGGUGCAAAAGCUGUUGAUGUAGAAACAGCGUAAAAAAAAACCAAUUAAAAAAGUGCUCUAGCAGUGGUUAUGGACGUGGUAUUCCGUAGAAAAGUGCAUUUGACAAGUUUGUUUUAGUCAUUUUUAGGAGGGUUUAUGUAUAGGUACACUGUUAAUAUUUGUUUUUGUUGAUUACAGCUGUUAUGUGAGAAGAAUUGUUGUUUUGUGAAUUUUGCAAAUGUUUAUUGAUGACCUUUGACCUUUUAAUUAUGUGGACCAAUUUCCGUUUUAGUGAGGUCUAUGUGAAACUUUCCAUGUUUGUUACGAGCGUGGAAGUUAUCUCUGUCUCUUUUAUAAUCACCUUUUUUUGCUAUCUGUUUUACAAUUUUUUACUGCAGUUUUAUUUUUUAUUUUUAAGGAAACAGAAAAAAGUAAAAAGAGAGGAAAGUAAUUUAUAAUCUUUUUUUUAUUCUGGAAUUUUUUUUUUUUUGUUUUCUGUAUGAUGGCCAUGAGUUUGAAUAAAGGAUCAUUGAAAACCAACAGAACCGGAGAAAAAAAAUCUUAUUUUGAGAAAUUUCUUGUGUUACCAUAAUUAAAGGUCCACAUAAUUGUAUUUAUUAUUUUGUUGAUUGUUCUCUGCUAAAUGUAUUUAGUGAUACAGUGGUGCUUCGGCCAUAAGUAAAUUACUUGUUCACUGUCACAAGAGAAAAUCUGAAGUUGAGGUUGAAUAGUAUUCAGAAUUUCCAGUACAAAAUGUAACAAUGUGUUUGUUUUAAAAUACCGGCUUUGAGGAAUUUAAAAGAAUAAAAUACAAAUCGUAUUUUUUAAUUCCACCUAGACUAUCAUCACCUGUGAACAGUGGACAAACUAAUUUUGCUUUAAUAGGCCUGACAUUUAUGUUAGCAUCUCAGGUGGAAACGUUGAUCGUAAAAUUACUUUUGAGAUUGGAAGUAUUUAUUUAUUUGUAAAUUACAGAUCAUUAUUUAUCAAUGUUGAAUUGUUAAAAGAUUAUUUUGAAAUUUUAAUUAUUUUCAAUGAUAUAUUAAACAAUAUUUUUGCAUCUCUGUGAUAAAAAAUUAUCAUGACUUGAAUGAUUUAUUUUUAUUUUAUUUUUUGUUUGCAGUAGAAAGAAAGAUAACUCUUUGGGAUUUUAUUUUUGACAAAAAGUACUUAUGGUAUCUUUCAGUCAACUUCUGAUGACCGAUUAUUAAGUUUCAAUGAAUUAUUUGUUUGUAUUUUUGUCAAUGUCUAAAAGAUAAUAAGAGUACAAUAGUGCAUAUUCAUAUGUGUGAAUGGUCAUGUGUGAUAGUGAAGUGCAUGUAUUGUAUGUGUUUGUCUCAGUUGUAAAAAAAAGUUAUAUAUUUUAUUCAUGAAUGGAUGAGCUUUUCAUUUAUCAUUUUAUUGAGUUGCAAUAUUUUAUUUUCAUGCCAGUAAGUGCAUGAAAAUUGGCUAUUGUCGGCAAGAGUGCAUUUUGAACAUUUAGUUAUUUAAUGAAAUUGUAUUUAUAAAGUUUUAACAUGAGUCCAAAAUAAAUUAAUCGUAGUUUUAUUGAAUGGAAUUUUAAAUUUCCAUAUUCGUACAGCAUUUCCAAAAUAAUCACAUCUUCUAUGCAAAUGGUGUUGUAAAAAAACAGUCAUCAAAUUUCAUAUUUAUUUAUUUGUAUUUAUCAAACAUUAAUUUAUUUUGGUUUCAUAUUCAAUUAUUUUUGACACUAGUCACAUGUAAAUAGAUUAUAGAUGGAAGGGAGCUUCCAUAAAAUAUGAAAUGGUUGUGGGUUUCAAACCAUUAUUUCAUUAUAUCAUAUGUCUGCAGCAGUACAGCUGGUUGUAAUAAAUUGAUGUACAUCAUGCAUGAUAAACAUUUGAUGUACAACAUACAAGGGAAAAAUCAAUGUACAAAAUAAUUAUAUUUCAUUGAAUUUGUUUAUCAAGACAGCUAAAAAAAAAGUUCAGACAUUUUUUUUUUAGAUUUCAUCAAUUUCAUGCGCAACAGAAAUUAUAAAGUUCAUAAAUUAUUUAUUUGAAUCAGUUGAAGAAAAAAGAUAAAAUUUUGAAGUGUUUACAAUGGACAUUGAAUUGUAGAAAUUAGUAGGAAAGUGCUGUUUUGCAUCAUUUAUCAUUGUAAAAUUUCGGGAUUACAAUGGGCAUGAUUGUACAUACAACAUGUUAAAAAUAUAUAUUAAUAUAUCAAUAAAAAAAUCAGAUACAA